UCCCUCCCUCUCCCAUCCACAGAGGUAGAUAGGGCAUCUGAGUGAGACAAAGAGCCUUUCCCUUUUGUACCUAUAUCAUAGGGCCAUUACAGGAGGUUCUGGAGUGGGCUGCCCUUAUUAGGGCAUACACUCCACCUAGGUUUAGACUUAGAGAGAGGGACACAGCAUUAGAGCUUUAUAGGUUAGGUGCCACUAUCAGCCAGGCCCUCCCCUACCUUAGUCCCUUUCCCUCCUUCCCGUUUUCUCACACCCUUCGUCUUCUGACCAUGGGAUUCAGUGUUCAUACACCAUAUUGUGUUGUGUUGGCAUGGAAAAUUGGUCUAGAGCUCAGCUGAUUCAUUUGUAGAGAAUAUCGAAUGAAAAUAUGAUACUCAGAUUUUCAACCAUGAUGGUUAUGUUGUGCAGUGGAUAUCUUGGGGACCUAGAGGAUGCUAAAAUAUUACUGAAGCUGGUGACAUUCCCUGACUACCAUGGGUAUAUAACAGGGGAAGCUGUAUCAUUGAUGUGUUUGGUACCUGAAGAAAGCAGAAAUGAAUCAAUUGUAUUUUAUAAGGACUCUACUGUUAUCUCACAAAACAAUUCAACAUAUAACAUGUCACGGCUGGACAGGUCGCAUGUGGGGAUUUACGGGUGUAUAAUGGGGAAUAGAAGAAGUAAUGAAAAAGCGAUCCAUGUCUAUGAUCGGUUUCCUCCACCACUGAUUUCAUUAGAGGAACCAGAUAUUCCAGAAAGUCCUGUCAUUCUGAAAUGUUCUGCUUCCAGCAUUUCUGAAUGGAAAUACUUUAGAUUUUAUAGUGAUGGAUCAGAAAUCUUCAUGGCAACAUCAUUUCCAAAAAUGGCCAUUAAGGAGUUAAGUAUCUCCAUCCAAAGGACCCCUGGGGUCUAUUCCUGUAAAUACCAAGUGCAGAAGCUUGGAAGGUUAAUAGAUUCAAAGCCAAGUAAAAAUGUACACGUAAGUCGGUUAGACUUUACAAGGAAAAACAGAUCCACGAGCUCCGUGACUCCAAUUCAUGAAACAGAAGAGGUAAUGAUCGCAAAGACACCAACAAGUUAUACAUCGGCAGAAGAUUUAACAACAAAAAGCAGAUCCACAAUCUCAAAGACUACAAUUUCAGCAGACCAAGAAAUGAUCACCAGGAUACCAAAAAGUUAUACCUCUGCAGCAACAGAAACUUCAACCUCUCAAAGUAACACAUUAUGGACAAACUGGGAACACCAAACCAACGGGAUAAAUUCUUAUUCCAGUGAUAACGAUGUAAUGCUUACAAGAAUAUAUUACUCUGUUGGCAGCCUGCUUGGUAUAUUAGUGAUGGUUCUAGUCAUUCUCCUCUUAUGCAGAUUUUACUUACCCAUUAAGCGAAAGAAGAACAGCCACAAGAGAACAUCAUUUUGGAUGAACCGUAGCGCCCAGAGAAAAUCUAGGAAGGCAUCACCAUCGUUUCCGUUACCAAUUAUUGUGAAUGAGAAAGAAGAUCAAAACUUAUACGAGCAACCUGAUCCAUGUACAACCUUCAUAAACCCUUCAUCAUCACUGAAGCCUGCAAACAGUCAGGGAUCAUUUGUUCAUUCUGUGGACCAAGGGCAAAUUAUCUAUGAUACUGUGCAGGAACCUGCUCCUAUCUCUUCAGUAUAUGUUACAGUGGCAAUUUAGAAACAUUUAUAGUCUUCUUCAACAAGAAUCCGGAAUACAUUCCAAAUUAUGACAUGUCAUAUUAUUAAUAAAUUCUUUUUUGUGUUAUGUAUAUCAAGCCAUA